ACUUCUCUUUCGCUUAAAGAUUACUACCACCAUCGGCAAAACCAUUUAAGCGUUACAACUUUACUAUUUUAUAUCAAAACACCAUCCAAAACUACAUAUUCACAGCCUACUACAUCCAGAUAGUCUGCUGUAUCAAUUCCGAGCUUUUUCACGGCAAAAAUGACAAGUCCUGGAAUUAAUGUCCAUCAUCAUGCGAAUGAUGAAUCAUGGGCACAGAAGGUGGCGAAGGGACUUCAGGCAAAGGUCCCAGCGCCUAUGAAUUCUAAGGAUCUGAUGGGUGAUCAGAUCCACUAUACUGCGGUGACCCUCUAUGAAGACGAACAACUGAAGGAUCAAAUAAGAAUCCAUAGAGCUGAACAGAUCAUUCAACAAACGUUGGAAGAAGAAGCGGUUCUGUUUGAACUACCAAAAAGGGAAUUCACCACGCUUACGGAGGCGUAUACUCUUAUCCAAGAUCAAAUAGGAAUUAUUGAUGGGGUUACACCUCUAAACCGAUUUGGCUCUAAUACCAGAGGCAACCUUUUAUUAGAAGUAACUUUUGUUGAAAGUCAACAUGCAAGUGAUGCGAUUGAAAAAGGAAUUACUAUCAACGAAGUGAACUACAGGGCAAGCCCUACCAGACUUAAUGGGUCAACGCAACCACCACGCAUGACCAGAGUGUUUCUAAACUAUGUGCCCAAGAAACAAUCAGUGUUAAAGGAAGGUAUUCUUGAAUCAAUGAAAUUUUAUGGCAAAGUAUGUGAAAUCAAGAAAAUGAUGAAUGGAAACUUCUUUGAAGGUCAAGUAUCUAUCCUCCUUGACACCAAUGAUGAUGGUGUAGACAAGAAAUAUCGCCCGCUGCAACGAAUGUUAUAUAUGGCUCAUUGGGAUAGAUAUAUUCCUGCUACAUUUAAAGGUGCUCCACCAGUAUGUUAUCAAUGCAGACAGGCAGGACAUAUUCGCAAAGAAUGUCCAGUGAUGAAACAAAUUACCUGCUCUCGUUGUCUCGAAAAAGGACAUACCGCCAAAUUCUGU